AUGAAAGGAGUAUCGCUCUAGAACCAAUUAAAAAGGGAUAAGAAAAUGAAUAUAAAAAACUUUUAUAUAAUAGGAAUGAUUGGUUAGGGUAUGUUAUUGAUUUAAUUUAACAAUAGGAGCAUAUUCUGAGGUUUUUGAGGCUGUUUAUUUAAAGAAUAAUAAAAAAGUGGCAAUUAAGAAAGUAUUCAAAGAAUCGAUUACACAGUCUAAUAAAUAAGCAGAAAUUUAUAUUGAAAGACAUAUGAUGAAAUAAUAUUCAUUAAAGCAUCCAAGUUAGUUAUGA